AUGAAUGAUUUGAUGUUUCCAAGUAUCCAGUGUCCAAUUAUACAAGCGCCAGAAAACGGAUACUUUGUCAAACAAUCAGAUUGUAAUAACAUUGUGCAUAACGCUUGUAAUGUUCGAUGUAAGAUUGGAUAUACUUUAGACGGACCCAAAACACGAAUAUGUCAAAUAAAUGGUACCUGGUCAGGACCAAAACAAUUAUGCAAAGUGAAAGCAUGUUCAUUACUGAAAUCUCCUGAAAAUGGUAGAAUCACUUGUAUCGAUGAAGAGAAUAGAAUUGUUGAUCUGUCAAAAAUAACCGAUAAUGUUUUGCCGAUUGAUACAAUUUGCAGAAUUCAAUGUGACGAAGGUUUUUUUCCUGUUGGUCCAAAAGUAAGAAAUUGUCUUCCAAAUUUAAAAUGGAGUGGGUCAGAUACAUAUUGUAAGCACAUAACACCUCCAAAUAUAAAAUGCCCAAAAGAUGUAAAUGGAGUUACAUUACCCGGGAAAAAAUAUGGGUUUGUUCAUUGGAAUACCGAGACAGAUAUUACAGAUAAUUCAAAUUUAAAUAUUAUAUUUUGGACAAAACCAGUGAUUAAUGAUAUUGAAACUUUUAAAUUUAAAAUUGGAAAGACUGUCAUUACAUAUCUUGCAAUGGAUGCGUUUAAAAAUAAAGCAACUUGCAAUUUUACUGUUGAAAUUAAAGAUAUCGAGCCACCAGUUAUAGAAAACUGUAUAGAUCCUGUACCGUUUCUUGUUGAUAACGAUAAAAUAGAUAUUAUUUGGGAGGAACCAAAAAUUUACGAUAAUUCUCAACAAAUAGUUAAGGUUGAAAAAAAUUUUACCGGACAGUUUUCUUUUGGAGUGACCCCUGUGAAAUAUGUUGCAACUGAUUUGGCAAACAACACAAACGAAUGUGUAUUAAAUAUAACAGUGGAUAAAUCAACGUGUGAACCAAUUUCCGAUCCAGUUUAUGGGAAGAGCAUUUGCGAUAAUGUUCCAGAUGGUGUCCAAUGUGUAAUUACUUGUGAAGAGGGUUAUGCGUAUAAUAUUAUUGAUGAUGACGAUAUCAAUGUUAAAUCGAAUAGUAAUAACGAUUCCGCAAUUAUUUUAUGUAAUAACACAAAUCCAAUUUGGUACUUAAAUGAAAUACCAGAUUGUUCAGUUACGGAAAUUCCUAACGAAAUACUCCAGCGUGGAACAUUGGAUUUCGAUAUCGACGAGGAUUCGAAUGAUAACUAUGCUCAUGAACUUCCAACAAAUUUAACAAUUUUGCGGCGCAAACGGGAUAGCCAGAAUAUGAAUAAACGUCGAUCUCGUAUUCAAAUACAGUUUGUAAUUAACGGUAAAAUUAAAACCAAGAGUACGUCGAAAGUUAAACAUAUAACAUUCAAUAAAUUCAAUAAAAUACAAGAACGUUUAAGUGAUGUAGAAAUUUUCAUGAAAAAUAAUCAAACGCUAUCGAAUUCAUUGUUAAAUCAAACUAAAUAUUAUAUUGAUUUGAAAUUGGAUCGAGUUUUUGCAAUAUGUAAUAAUGGUUCUGUUAGUAGAAGAAAUAAAUGUGAUUUAUAA